AUGAUUACUUUUGAAGGACGUGUCGGUGUUUUUUUUCUGACAGGCUGUCAUACAACUGAGGACACCAGUCAAGGCAACGGCACACUGCCAGAGCCAAGUUUUAACUGCCAAGAAGACAUUGACACUUGGCAGAGGGACUUUUCCGAAGAGAAAAAGGCGUACUGCUGUAGUCACCACCAGGUGGCCUGUUCAUCAAAGAUGCAGGGUUCUGAGGUGGACACUGCAGAGGCCCCUGCGUCGCAUAAUGUCACCUUCAGCGAGUCUGAUUGUAGAGAGGACCCUGUGGAACAUUGGUCCGAGGCAAAGAAGGACUGGUGCUGCAAGAACACACAGUUGGGAUGUGCGAAAUCUGGUGAGGUAUUGGAAGCACAGGAUGCAAAGACAACGUCCGAACCUUUCGAUUGCCAGGUAGACCCCUUUGAGCACUGGUCAGAGGCAAAGAAACAGUGGUGCUGUUCGAACAAGAGCCUGGGCUGUGCAAAAGAGGAUGCGCCGGCGAAAGACGCAAAGAAACAGUGGUGCUGUUCGAACAAGAGCCUGGGCUGUGCAAAAGAGGAUGCGCCGGCGAAAGACGCAAAGAAACAGUGGUGCUGUUCGAACAAGAGCCUGGGCUGUGCAAAAGAGGAUGCGCCGGCGAAAGACGCGCUGGAUGCGUCUGAACCUUUCGAUUGCCAAGUAGACCCAGUUGAGCACUGGUCAGAGGCAAAGAAACAGUGGUGCUGUUCGAACAAGAGCCUGGGUUGUGCAGCGGCACAGGAGCCGACGGAAGAUGAACCGACGGACGAGCCGACAGAAGAUGAACCGACAGACGAGCCGGCGGAAGACGAACCAACUGAAGAACCGACAGAAGAAGAAGCGGCACAAGAAGAGCAAGUAGCUGAACCCUUCAAUUGCUUGACCAGGGAGACCUGGUCAGAUGUGAAGAGACGGUGGUGCUGCAGUAAAAAGCAGCUGGGCUGCAAGACGGAGGGCGCUCCUCUGGAACACUCGGAACAGGAACCGGAGAGUUUCGAUUGCGAAGACGGUUCUGUGGAGGAAUGGCCAGAAAUCAAGAGUCUGUGGUGUUGCUCAAACAAGCGCGUGGGAUGUCAGAAGGACCUCUUCAACUGCCAUGUGGAUCCUGUGGAAGACUGGUCUGACAUGAAGAAAGAGUGGUGUUGUGAGGAGAAACGGAUAGGCUGCCCCUCUUUCGAUGCCAGUGCCUUGCAAUAUGAUUGCAAGACCGAUCUGGCCGAGUGGAAGCAGAAGUGGACGGAGAUGCAUGCGCUGUUUUGCUGCGUUUUCAAGGGCGUAGCCUGUGCAGAUGAACAGGAUGAGACCCCACUCCAAAAAAUGAAAGAAGCACAGCAGCAGGAGGAGUUGGCAGAGGACCUGCCGGGUGGAUUGAAACACCGUGGCUUCAGCCCUUAG